AUGCCCACGAUUAAUGUUGCGCCAAGUUCUACCGCAGACCUACAGGUAAUCGCAGACGUUCUUGCGAGAUCAAGAAAGGUCGUGGUUGUGACAGGAGCUGGGAUAAGUACGAAUUGUGGAAUACCCGAUUUCCGAUCUGAACAUGGCCUUUAUUCAAUGAUCCAGUCUCAGUACGAUGCUGCACUUGAGAAUCCUCCAUGGGAGGUUAAUGAUGAUGAUAUCGAUGAUCGACCGAAGAAGAAGAGGCGUGUCACAGAACGAUUUUACUAUGAACUUGUCACGUCUGAUGGAGUAAGGGUAGAGCUGCCCCACGAACAGUCUUCUGAAGCACCUCUUGAGCAGCCAGUUGAGCAACAUUCCGAGCAGUCUUCCCAACGAGGCUCUCAGCUACCUUCAAAAGAAUCUUCAGCGCAGCCAGAAGCGUCCGCUACAGCUUCAUCUCGAAGAAGUUCUCGCAGGCACUUUUCUUUGGCACAUGAUAAUUCUAAGAAUGAAUCUCCGAAACCGAGCUUGAGAAGUCAACCUUCUCAGAUGCAGCAUGUUUCCCUAGUACAGGAUAAUCGUAUCAAAGAAUCGCCGAAACCAAAUUUGAAGAGUCAAGUUGUUCGACCUCGGAAUGCAUCUUUGGCACAGGAUAAAUCUAUUAAAGAUUCGCCGAAAUCCCAUUCGAGAGGUCAAAUUAUUCGACCUCGGAAGGCAUCUUUGGCACAAGACGAUCUCAAGAAUGAAUCGCCAAAACCGAGCUGGAACGGUCCCCUCUCUCGAGCUCGAUUUGUUCGCGCCUGUGACCGAUGUCGAGCACGAAAGAUCAAAUGUGGUGAGGUUCGACCAUGCUGUAGAACAUGCUCCAAAGCCGGAACUGAAUGCAUCACGACCGAGAACCCUAAACGACGAGAAUCCCGUAAUGGAGAUACUAAGUCUCAGGAAGAAAAAGCCCCUGCAUUGGAUAUCGAUCUCGAUUCGGAAAGUUUUAAUGUGGAAGAAAAAGCAUCACAACAAUUAUUGCAAGAGUCGAGUGAAUACUCUUCUCAAUACUCAUCUGAAAAUUCUCGGUUGCCUGAGGAUGUGAAUGUUGAUAGUACACAAAAACGCGCUCGACGUUCACUACGAACAAACUCUCCCUUAUGUUUUACAAGAGAAGAAAGCUCUGUCGCCAAUAGAAUUCUUUCUGACUCUUCUCUGUCAACUUCACUCCGACGUGAAAGUAGCAUCAGGUCGACAAUUCAAGCCUCAAUCACCAACCAGCAGUCUUCAUCACAGAUACCUUCUUCCCCCAAUACAAUCAUCGAAAGUAGACCUUCUUCACGGCAAUCGACGAGAUCACGAGCUGACAGUUUACCGCCACAAUCUACACAACAAUCCUCCUCACUCCUCAGAAGAUCUUCUCGACGAAAUACCCCCGCGUUUGAAUUUCACAACAGUAAACUCUCUUCCACCACUUAUGUAGAGAGUGUAUCCGCAGCUAGCAGCGCCACACCUUCAAUUUCAUCAAACGACUGCGACAGCAGCAACAAACGUAAUUUCCUGAGUGAAGUCAGUUCCAUUACGACUGCUUCCGAAUCUGAAGAUCCUCCCUCACAAUCAUCUCAAUUGUCUUCGUCACGUACAUUACCCAAUCUCAAAGGAAAGGACCUAUUUGACUCGGUCAUUUGGUCGGAUCCUUUCUCAACCUCCAUAUUUUACAUGUUCAUUUCCAAUUUUCGCCGCAGAAUCAAAAACGAUGUUAAGUCUACCACCACCACCCACCAAUUUAUCCGUGCUCUCAGAGACAACGGUCGCCUCGUCAGGAAUUACACACAGAAUAUCGACUGUCUCGAGGAACGUGAAGGUCUCACUACAGAUCUCGAACUUGGCGCGGGUGAUCGCACGCGUUUUCAAACCAAAGUCCAAAGUAAGACUAUCUCAGCUGGAGGAGGAGGCGGCGGAGGAAGAGAUACCUCUGUUGCAACUGGAGUAGAGUGCGUUUUACUACACGGCUCACUUCGUCAGUUGCGAUGCGGGGUGUGCUCAAAACUCACUAGUUGGGAUGAGGACGAUCGAGAAACUACCACAAUGGCUGGAUCUGCUCCCGACUGCCCUUCAUGUAUCUCAAGCUCACUGUCGCGCCAAGAUAGAGGUCGCAGAGGCUUGGCCGUUGGCAGAUUGAGACCUGAUAUUGUUCUUUAUGGAGAAGAACAUCCACACGCAAAUCUGGUGGGACCGUUGAUCAUUCACGAUUUGAAGUUAGGUCCAGAUGUCCUUCUCAUUCUCGGCACUAGUUUAAGAGUUCAUGGCCUCAAGAUCAUGGUCAAAGAAUUCGCACAAGCUGUACAUGCUCGAGGGGGAAGCGUAAUUUUCGUUAACCAAACAAAGCCUCCAGAGAGUCAGUGGGGUGAUGUGAUUGAUUAUUGGGUAGAAUGGGAUUGUGAUGCCUGGGUUCUGGACUUGAAGAAACGACGAAGCGACAUCUGGCUGCCAUAUACAAAUACUAUCCAGAACGUUGCUAUCAAAGAUCCAGCGCCAUCUAGGCAGCGCAAUACGUCCGACAAAAUACCAGCAUAUCGACCACAGUGUAAAAGAGAUGACAAGACCAAUGCAGUUCAUUUCACUUUUAAGAUUCUCGACGAUCUUCGAAAACUUAAGGAUACUCAAGGAAAUGGAUCAGUGCGGCCGAUGUACUGGCAACCUCUUGAUCGCAGAGCUUUCAGAGCUUCUACUGGACAAAUACUAGAGCAAAAGUCACUCAAGAGGUCUCGACCAUCAAUAUUACCCAUUAGGAAAUCUCGCAAAUCUCUUCCAGCCUCAUCAAAUAACACACUAUCGUCAGCAGCCACAACUAAUAAAACUCAGAAGCGCCAAACCGCCUCUGAAAAUACUCCUGUCGUUAACACCCCUUUGACCGAGCCACCUAGCAGUGGCCAAUGGCUUGGAGAAGCCAUCUUCAAAAAAGUUCGCACACUCACCAAUGACACCCUCCCUGAAAGCGUCUAUGACGACCUCCGAGCCAGGGUGCCAUUUGAACGACUGGCUGGUAACGUGCCAGGGAAUAGCAUUGGAUACAAGAGAUCCUUCGGAGAAGUCGGGAUAGAUGGUGCACAGGAGACUAUUGGCCUGCCAAAUAUGAGGGGCCUGCUAGAUUCUAGUAUCAGUAUAGAAGGGAUGAGUUUGAGUAGCUUACCGCCGACAGGCUCUCCUGAGUCAGGGAGGAAAGACAAGGACAAGGGGAAGGGGAAGAUGAUUGAUAGUAUAGAGAUAGAGAGGGCUAGCUCGCCGCUGGACCAUAAUACAAUAGUGGUUCAACCUAGAGCGGUGAUGAGGCAUUCGUAUGGGACGAGGAGUAAGCGUUCCAGUCGGGUUGGAGGUGAGGUGGUUGAGGAUGCGGAUGAGGAUGGUGAUGGGGAUGAAGAUGGUGAUGGGAUGAAUGGUGGAGAUACAAUUGUAGUGAGAGGAAAGGAUAGAAUGAGUAUUGGGGCAGUCUGUAAUGAAAGAUGA